GUUAUCUGGGAAGACAGUCAGUAUGUAUAUUAGUAGCGGCAGAGGCGGCGGAGGUGGUGACUGUGGCGGCAGUGAGCAAAGAAGCAACGAGCAAAAGAGAAAGGAAAGAUAAAUGAGAACCACACUCUCAUCUCAAUUUUUCUCUUCAACUCAGCGCUUGGAGUGGAGAACGCCAGUCACACGCCAGCUCACGCUCGCUACACAACUGCAGGCGCUCUCUCUUUCUCUAAAGGCAAGAUGGUGACGAGAAUGAAGAUGGCGGUGAUAGUGAUGAUGAUGGUGGCUCUUCUCUCGCCACAACUCUCCGAUGCUGCCAGUGUUUUCACAGCGUUCAGUCGUGGAUUUGAGCGUCAGGAAGAAAUUCAGUCUACACGAGUGACUAGCGGCCGCGGCUGGGAGUCCCGAGAGGUGCCAGGGAAGGUGUGGGUGUGCACGGGUCAGCCGCGGGCCCCCGGCACCACUCAGACCAGCACGUCGGAUCAGAUGGCGGCCUUCCUGCGGCUCUUCGCCUACCUCAACGGCAGGAACAACCGAGAUCAGCGGCUGCCUAUGGGUGUCCCCGUGUCCAUCGAGGCCCGGCCAGCACCAGACGGAGGCAAGGAGCUCAGCGCCUGCUUCUUCCUGCCUGAGAGUGUGCAGAGCAAUCCUCCCACCCCCACCGAACCCCUCGUCUACCUGUCCACCCGCCCCGCUCUCACCAUCCUAACCAGGCGGUUCGGGGGCUUCGCUACUGACGAGGACACCUGGGAGAACGAGGCACGCGCCCUCAGACGAUUACUCUCCGCGGAGGGGCAGCAGACGCGCACUGACCUACAAUACUGGAACGCCUACGACCCUCCUUACAAGUUCUGGAACAGACAUAACGAGGUGUGGCUGGUCAAGGCCUAGCCGGGCACUCCUCGAUCGCAUCGUGCAGGCCCAAGGACUCCUUGAAUAGGCCGGUGGCGGACCGUGAAACUGAUAAACUACUGUCCAUCGAUACAUGAUAACCGUACUCGUGGAUUAGCUUCCUUGGCUGUACAGAGCAGUAUUUAGAAAUUAUUGACCUUAGGUAAAUGUGUGUGUGGGGGGGGGGGGUAUUUUUGCGCAUUUUGGGACGAAUCAUGCCCAUUCAAUACGGGCAUGAUUGCACUGCUACUGGAUGUACUUAUUUAAUAUCUGUAAUCUUGUAUGUUUCAUAAAUUCAGUGAUCUUACAAAUCUAAUAA